GAUUUGAUUGGCUGUUACAGCGUCCUCCUUGUGUUUUGGUCGAUGCGGAAAUAGACAAAAGCAUGGCUACUAGUGAUAUAAUUUCAAUAUAAAUAUCAUUGAGGUUGUUUAGUAUGAAUUUCUCAUCAGAAGAUAAAGAGUCAGAAUCAUAGUUGGCGAUGUAAUUUUAGAGGGCAUUAAUCGGCACAAUGGAACACAGUGAAGCCGAAACACCUAGCAUAGAAACACCUAGCAUAGCUUACAAAGUUUUCACGUUUGAAGAAAGCAAGAAAAACACACAGGAGUCUCUGUCUGUCACCAUACCCGAGGUUCUCGACCCACAAUAUGGUAUGUAUGUGUGGCCCUGUGCUGUAGUGCUGGCACAGUAUCUGUGGACACAAAGAGACGAGCUGCGAGACAAGACAGUGCUGGAGCUUGGUGCAGGUGUGAGUCUACCAGGUGUGGUGGCUGGGAGGUGCGGUGCAAAGGUGAUCCUGUCCGACAACGCUACGACUCCACAGUGUCUGGAGAACUGCCGGCGCAGCUGUGAAGUUAACGGCCUCCAUGAUGUGCUCGUGCUGGGCCUCACCUGGGGGCGCCUCUCACCGGAUCUCGCUUCUGCUUCCUAAACUGGACAUCAUCUUGGGAUCGGACGCUUUCUCGAGCCACAAGAUUUCGAAGAUGUCCUUGUGACUGUUGCUUUUCUUCUAAGAGAAAACCCCGGAGCCCAGUUCUGGACCACGUACCAAGAGAGGAGUGCCGACUGGUCGAUCGAAGCGUUGCUCCGCAGGUGGAAGCUGAGCUGCGUCGACGUUCGGCCGGAAAACUUUGACGCCGAUAAACCCGAGCUGGCCGGAUCGUCAACUCCGGGCAUCCACAGUGUCCAGAUGAUGAUCAUCACGCUGAAGGCAGACGAUGUCGGGCUGUAACAGACUAGAUGUCGGUCGCUGUGCCGUGACUUUAGCACAAACUGAGACUGACGGUGUCAACAGCGGUUCCAGGAACUCUGAAGGUGGAGAAAUGAAUGUCAAACAUGACAUUAAACGUUUAUAGUUAUGAAGAAAGGUCACAUUUUACGUGUUUUUGUUUAAUGAAAAUGUGUCACGGAUUCAAGUGUUUUCAGUCUUUUAAAGCGUUAUGAAAUAUCAACCUGAAUCAGAUUUUAAACAGCAGUACGUCGGGUUUCAUUUGGCACAUUUUAAAUGUGUAACAUUAAAGGUCUCGUUCCUUUUGCAUGUGUCUGACUUCAUCCUUAUCUGUGAAACGUCUCAAAGGCAAAAAUCUAACCUGUUAUUUUAACUUUCAGUGUUUUUGUCCCGUUUCACACUCUGUUAGAGUUAUAUACUGUUUAAAGUUUGUUUUUGUCGUGGUGGGAGUGCAGGCAGCAGCGGAGGGACCCAAACGCAGACGAAACAGGCAGGCUGGCGCAGUGCCAUCAUUUAUUGUACAUGAACGAGCUUACAGGCAGCUGCUGGUUGAUAGUCAGCAGACAGGAUGAACAAAGGAGCAAAGCGUCUGGGUUGGUAUAUGUAUGCAGAUAAAUUAAACAAAGCUAAUGAAAAGCUAAUCUCUAGGAUUCCGAGAUGGAUAAGCUAAAUCGGUGUCAAAUGUGAUUGGUCAAUACUACCGAAACCAAAGUCUUGUCCCUCACCAACAGAUUCUGAAUUCAUAUGCAGAUAUCUGUUUAUAGAGAUUACAAUAGCAUCAACUAUCAUAAUUAUGCAGACGACACCCAAAUUUACCUUGCUCUGUCACUAAGCGACUUGAUUCCCAUAGAUUCUCUCUGCGAGGGAAUGGAACAAAUAAAUGAGUGGAUGUGACUCCAGCUAAAUGCAGAUAACAGAGAUUUGGUGCAAAAGAACCACACAAACGUCCGAUCCCAAGAUGACGUCCAGCUUAGGAAGCAGAACGAGAUCCGGUGAGACGUCCCCCCCAGGUGAGGCCCAGCACGAGCACAUCAUGGAGGCCGUUAACUUCACGGCUGCGCCGGCAGUUCUCCAGACACUGGAGUCAUGGCGUUGUCGGAUAUGUAGUGAGCAGCUGAUGAGUGAGAACAGGUGGGCGGGGAAGGUCAGGUAACUGUAGGGCUGAUUAGAGACACGGGAACAGGUGAGGAGAUGGGUGUUACAAGCUCUUAUCUAAUCAGGUACAGCGUUGGGCUUCAGGACUCCACUGGGUUUAUUAUUUGACAUCUGAGUGAAAUAUACGUUUUACUCCACUCGUUUUCUAAUUUUACAUUCAAACAUACAAACAGCAAAACCGCACUGAGCUUUGCUAUCCGGCCCUCGCCUACCGAAUACAGGAUUUACUUGUAAUUGAGUGUUUUUCCAUCAAGGAGCCGAACUUCUUCGAUCACUGUAAAAGACUAUGAGAGAGGAAAAAGACCAACAGAGUCGUUUAAAAAGAGUUUUAAUAGUAAAACACUUUUAAAAACAUGUCAACACAUCGAAACCACCCAACUGCCACCACCACAAUCACACGUGCACCGUCAUGGUCCGAACCGGGACCCAGGUACACCCCCACCACACAGAGCUACAGGCGGAGGAGCCACGGUCUGCUGCCAUGAUGAUCUCCUCACUGAAGCUGGAACAUAGAGACAGUUUAAGGAAAAUGUUGUUAAAGGCGGGUUGAAUGUUUGUCAUGUUUAAGAAUAGAUCCUGAACACUGAAGUCUGACUAACACCACAAAUUGCCCCAACAUUAAAAAGUUGCAUAUGCCAAAUGUCACUUAGAAAUCUUCCAAUUUAAAGUGUCUGGAAAGGCUGUAAUGUGUCAGGAGCACAGCAGUCUGUGUUGGUGCGUUCAGGAUCACUAUGGAAAUAUGUUGUAUAUUUUUUUAAUCCUGUUUCACACUUCAUGCUUUUAUACAUAACACUUCUAUAGUUAGUUUUAUUUCGUGUUCCUGCACGUCCAUGUUUCAUGUUGGACUGAAUCUUUCUGUAGUGUUUUGUUUGUGUAUUUGUGGGCGAACACUUGGACCAGUGUGUUGAGUGUUUAUGGCAGAAUGAAAACCAAAGUGUUCUGCCUUCAUUGAUCCGUUAGAGAAGAACUGUGUGUUUUCUCCUGCGACCGCCAGAGGGCAGCGUUUCAUUAACCAGCUGCACGCUGAGCUUCAGAGCAGCCAUCAGCUCACAUGUGACUAAUAACAUGUAGGCCUUUCACACUGCAUGUUGUUAGAAAACCCCGGGAUAAGAGUUGACCCUGGAAUAACUUCUCACACACACACACACACACCUUGUUAAAACAUUUGUAUUAAUCCAACAUUUAUUAACUAUUUCUAUUUAAAUGACUUAAAGGUGCUAUAAUCAAUAUGUUUAUAUUUGAAAGGGGUCUCUCAUAGUGACGACUCAGUUAUCAGCCGACUGUGCAGUUCCUCUUAGCUCUCCGGAGCAUUUUAGCGUCUUUCAGCUCAUUGUUUUGGUUUUACGGUCUGUAACUUUACUGCUCUGGUUCGGUCUCGCAGCUCUCAUCAGCAUCAUUGCCAGACGCAGCAGGAAGCUGUUUGCAGCUACAAAGCUCUGAAAACCUUCAGCAGAAGCUGAAUCAAAAUAAUAUAUAUGAAUCAAAUAAUAUAAUACAUUUUAUUAACCAAGCAAAACAACCAAAAAUAGUCUGAUAAUAACCUCAUAAUGUAACCAGACUGUAUAACAUACAAUAUUAUGUGUAAUAUGUCUAUUUAUGAAAAAUAUAAAUCAAGUGACAACAAAAUGUACAAUGACAAAAAAACAGCCCUUUAAACCUCAUGUAGUUAGAGAUAAGACCCUAGACAUAACGACCAGAUACAGUUCAAUAUUAAUGUACAGUAAAGUCCAUAUUAUCAGAUUAGAUCAGGUUCAAAAACAGCAGAUAACCAAUCAAAGUCCACAGAGAUAAUCCCCACUGUACAAUCUCUUAAAAGCUAUUACUGUGACAUUAUCUUACAGAUCACCAUUGAUUAUGGAUGUCAGUUAAGAAAGAUGGUUAAAUGUCCGUGAAGUGGACGCGUUAACAUGUCGACCUGAUGGUGGCGCUAGAUGGAAAGUCGGAGGAUCAGCAGAGUUAUUACAGUUCAUCCUGAGGGGAGCAUGAACGAUGAAGCACGUCUCAUCACAGUCCAGCAGCUGCUGAUGCUUCAGUCUGGACCGACUCACUGACACUGACGUUACAUAUAAAUGUGCUUUCUAGGAGACGGGGUUGAUCAACAUCUUUUUGGAUGUUCUGCUAGCUUGUGAUGCUACAGUGACUUCCUGUUUACAGAGUUGAUUGCUCCUGAUUGGACAGCGCUACAGAUUUACACUUUACUAAAGUCUUUACUAGCU